AGCUUGGGUGUUUAUCAUUAGUUCCCCGUUUUGCAACUAAAACCACCGUUUCUAUUGGACAGUAUCGGGUAGGUCCCCUCCCGUUUCGUUUGCCUCCGUGUAUGGAACGUGUUGCAACAGAAUUGGCAUAAUGAAUGAGCCCCUGGAAAUCUUCUACUUGUACAGAUGAAAACAGUUUGGCCAGCUGUGGCUUUCUGAUAACGUGUCUACCGUCGGGAACGAUUAACAACAAGAAACAUACAUUCACUGGACUCUAAAAGCUGCGUCUGGAUCAGUGUGUUCAGGUGAUCGUAAUGGCGGAGGGAGGCUUUGACCCCUGUGAGUGCAUCUGCACCCAGGAGCACGCCAUGAGACGACUCAUCAACCUGCUACGUCAGUCUCAGUCCUACUGUACAGACACAGAGUGUCCUCAGGACUUACCAGGACCCAGUGGCUCAGUAGGAGGUGGAGACCUGACUGUCCCCGUGGUUCUGAUGGGCUGGAUGGUUCUGGUUCUGCUCCUCUUCCUCCUCAGACCCAACAGCCUCAGAGGAUCCCCAUCACCGCCUGCUGGCAAACCUACUGGACCUCACAGUGUAGGUAUGGAGGGAGGAGGAGGGAACCUACUGGACCUCACAGUAGUCGUGACCAGGAUCCCCCAGCUCCACCAGUGGACUAGCAGCAGAACCAGACGGAACCGGAGAGAACCAGACGUUCUACUGGACAACCCAACAUCUCCACCGGACGUUCUACUGGACAACCCAACAUCUCCACCGGACGUUCUACUGGACAACCCAACAUCUCCUCCAGACGUUCUACUGGACAACCCAACAUCUCCACCGGACGUUCUACAGGACAACCCAACAUCUCCACCGGACGUUCUACUGGACAACCCAACAUCUCCACCGGACGUUCUACUGGACAACCCAACAUCUCCACCGGACGUUCUACUGGACAACCCAACAUCUCCACCGGACGUUCUGCCCGUUCUACGUUGGUACCCCGGAACCCAAUAGCUUGGCUGCGACCUCCGACCCCUGUACAUCACAAUGCAUUUCCUGUUUAGUGCACUACUUUAGACCAGAGCCCUAUGAGGUAGUGCACUACUUUAGACCAGAGCCCUAUGGGGGUAGUGCACUACUUUAGACCAGAGCCCUAUGGGGGUAGUGCACUACUUUAGACCAGAGCCCUAUGGGGGUAGUGCACUACUUUAGACCAGAGCCCUAUGAGGUAGUGCACUACUUUAGACCAGAGCCCUAUGGGGUAGUGCACUACUUUAGACCAGAGCCCUAUGGGGGUAGUGCACUACUUUAGACCAGAGCCCUAUGGGGUAGUGCACUAUAUAGGUCAGGGUUGGGGGGGGUGGGAUCCACAACAAAGAUCUGACAUCAUCAGGAGGGGCCACAGUUGAUCACGGGUCUGUGUACCCACGUCUACAAGUGGCUAACAUAAAAGAGAAACUGCUGAUGUACAGAACCACAUUUAGAAAUUCCACUUUGUGUGUUUUACUAAUCCAACUCAGAGGGGAAUGUAGAGACUGGAUCGGUCUUGUAACUAAUCUAAC